UGUGUACUUGUCUCAAUUAAAGUAAGCCUAAUGGCGGACUGACAACUCACGGGGCUCCCGGGCAAUAGGGGAUCAUGGGGCCCCUGUGUCCUUGCCCAAACUCAAAAAAAGCCUAUGAAAAAGGUACCAGGGGCAUCUCAUGGGGCCCCCUAUUGACCCCGGGCCCUCGGGCAGUGCCCGGGUUUCCAAAUGGUCAGUCCGCCCCUGGGUAAGCCUAUAAUAGGACUUAUCUGUAGGUACAGUGAAUAUCUCCUAAACUUGCACCGCUUCCCAGAGC